CCACGUCUGCCUAAAACAUGGCCGCCGCGUUUUCGUAAUUUUGACAUCGUGACGGGUCAAGUAAUUUCAAAUAAUUUUCUAUUUUCUUGAAAUAAUUUGUUAUAAUUUCUUAGCAAUCUCAGCCAAGCCAGGUAAUUUGCGAAAAAAGUGAAAUAGUAAAGUGACACCCCUUCAAAAACCGUCCUUUCAAGCCAAAAAAUGUCAGCUGGACCUUACAACUACUCCUACAUUUUCAAGUACAUAAUAAUCGGAGACAUGGGGGUGGGCAAGUCCUGCCUCCUCCACCAGUUCACCGAGAAGAAGUUCAUGGCCGAUUGCCCCCACACGAUCGGAGUGGAGUUCGGCACUCGCAUCAUCGAAGUGUCCGGCCAGAAAAUCAAACUGCAGAUCUGGGACACCGCGGGGCAGGAGCGGUUUAGGGCGGUAACGCGGUCGUACUAUCGGGGGGCUGCCGGGGCGCUCAUGGUCUACGACAUCACGCGCCGGUCCACCUACAACCACCUGAGCAGCUGGCUGACAGACACGAGGAAUCUGACUAAUCCUAGUACGGUUAUUUUCCUUAUCGGGAAUAAGUGUGAUUUAGAGGGACAGAGGGAUGUUACUUAUGAGGAGGCUAGCAAGUUUGCGGAAGAGAACGGGCUGAUGUUUGUGGAGGCCAGCGCUAAAACAGGCGACAACGUCGAAGAAGCAUUCCUUGAAACGGCCAAGAAAAUCUACCAAAGCAUCCAGGAUGGUCGGCUCGACUUGAACGCAGCGGAAUCCGGUGUACAACACAAGCCUUCACAACCGGGUCGUAACAAUCUCAGCAACGACCAACAAGCGAAUAAAGAUAAUUGCGCCUGCUAGUUAUUUUACCCCGGUCGGGUACAAUUUUCAAAAGAUUUUUUCAACCUUUUAGGAAUAAUUUUAUUUUUAAUACUUUUGUGAAGUCUCACAUACUAUAGUCCGAAAUAAUUUAUUAUUCUUAAAAUAAUAAUUAUCGCGAUUAUUUAAGUUAAAGUAAAGCACAUAUUAAAAGGAUAUGAAAAUGAACGUUUGUAUCAAGUGGAUGUAGCUUUAGUAUUUUUCUUUGUCUUUUUUUUUAUGACACAUCAACACUGGUUUUGUUAUGUAACGGUAAGAAUAAGAAGCGAAAUAUUGCGGGAAUUAGUCACUUAGUCAGGCACGGUUAUGUAAUAAAGAUAUACGACAGAAAUGUUGUUAAACUGUAGAUUAAAAAAUUAAAGAUGUAUUUCUAAGCAGUGUUGUCAUCUUUAUGGACGAAGAAGUUCUAAUAAAAAGUUGGAUUCCGCUCCCUAGUAUGUAUACAGCGUAGAUCUUUGUGUUUAUGAUAAUAGCAAAUAAUUUUGUUUUUUUUUUUUUAUAUACUCUCUGUGGGGGGAAAAAGAUCGAGUUACGGCGUAACUUUAUUUUUUCAACAAUAUUGAAAAUGUUUGCUUCUUCUCACUAUUUUAAAGAUGAUGAUUCCAAAUUGUUGCAACGUUAUUUUUUAGUGAUGUAUCUUUGUAUGUGAUGUAUUUAUUAAUGAAACAUAUAUAUAUAAAAAAUAAUAUAGAUAUAAGUUGAUGCAUUUUGUAUUAUUUUAAUGUUAUGUAUUAAUAAUACAAUUUUCUCUUAUGUUUUAUGUGAUUUGUUACGGAAAUUGCGUCCCCAAGUAACUUUUGUUAUCUGAUUUUUUUAAAUACAUGCUACAAGUUGGAUUUUA